GUGAGUUGAUCUGUGCUUAGCCAAUCAGAGCAAUCUGUGGAGGGCUAUGGUAAACAUGGCUGCAGGAUUGGUAAGACCUUACCAGUUUGGUGAAAAGGACCAGGAACCAAAUUUUAGAAGAGGGCAGCAGGACGUUUCAGAGUGGUACAUUUGUGGACAUUGUGACCGGAUGCCUGCCGAGGUGGAGAAUGUGUACUGCAGGGAGACACCUCAGUUGUUACAGGUGUUUGGCACACAGAAGUUUUGUCAGCUGAUGCUGAGGAAGAAGAGAGAAGAUUCCCAUAAUUUAUAUGAAUUGGGCUUCAAAAGUGUUGCACUGAGACUUUGGGUCUGACAUAAUUUGGGGUGAACACGUCUUUCAAUUGUAAUGUGAAUAUAUGGUCCAUAAACAUUUCCCCAUGAUUUGGGAAUAACUAUUUCCAGUACUCAGUCAAACUAUUACUUCAUAUAUAUGUACCGUGACAAUACCAAAAGGUUAAAGUAUCAAGAGAAUUUGAAGCAGUAUUUAACAUUUGGAUACCUACCAACUUUAUAUUUUACCUGUAACAUUACAGAUAGCAAAACCAUACAUGACAA